AUGGAAUGGCCAAGAUCUGUGCUUCCAUCCCUUCCAGAAGAAAAGAGAAGCGAUGUGAGUGUGGCAUUUGUCCAUUCUCAAGGAUCAAGAAUCGUUUACCCAAUGCAAAAUAUAUUGAGCAUUACCUUGGAUAUGGACAAUAUUCGAGAGUUAAAACCUCGAAAACUGUGGUCCGAAAAGGAAGACAAUGUGUUGCGGAGUGAGGUAGCCAGGCAAGCGGAGCAUGGAAAGGCGAAAGAUUGGCGAACAAUUGCUGAAAAGCUCCCCGGUCGAAGUAAUAAAGAUUGCAGAAAACGUUGGAUCAAAUUGGACGGUCCGGUAAAAAAAGGCCCAUGGAGCCAGGAAGAGGACCAACGUCUUCAUAAAGCGGUUUUGCUCCAUUCUAAUGUCUGGACGGAAGUUGCGCAAGUCGUAGGAACACGACAUGCUGAUCAGUGCGCUAAACGUUGGUUGCAUUUCCUUAACCCCAAUUUGAACCAUGGCGAAUGGAGCGAGCAAGAAGACGAGCGUCUCUUAGCCGCAGUUGAACGAGGAGGACGCAACUGGAGGAAGAUCGUGGAUGAGAUACUCCAAGGAAGAUCAGCCACAGACGCCAAAAACAGGCACGCAAUCCUCCAGAGAAACAGAAAAAAUGGUACCGCAGCAGGUUCGGACCGCCAAAGGCCUUCGUUUUCACGGCGUCGAAGAAAUGGCACUACCCUUGAGGUGACUGAGAACCGCGAUACAACUAAUUGGUGGACAACAGGCUCAAUGGAUUUUAUGAGGGAUAUUAUACACUAUAACUCUCCCAUUUGUUCAGUUGGGCCGGGAAUUGCCAAUGGUAGUAAUUUCGACGCGCUCCUUAUGGAACAGCCUAAUCAAAUGUUCAGUUCCCCGUCUGGAUCGGCUUUCAUGCAUGAUCGUACACAGCUCCAUGGGGACACUGGGGAGCUACCUGGGUGGCAUGUAGUUCCAAGUAGCCACCCCUAUCAAGAGAAACCGAAUGAUCACGAUAUGGAGUUCCAUGCCAGCUGUGGCCCUAGUUCGUUCGAAAAUGCGAGUGAGAGUCACAUGGGGAUAGCUGAUACCUUCUUCGAGUCAUUAACAACAAUGGUAGAUAUGGAGGGAGAAGGUGGCUUACAUACUCCAUCAGUUUCUUCACAUUCAUUGGACUGUCAUCCGGUAACUCGAAAAACGGGGAGCUCGAUUGUCUUAGAUAAAAGCGAGCAAGCUGAUGAAGAGGAUGGAGGUGAAGAUGACGACGACCACAACGAAGAGGCCGCAAUUGGGAAGAAUGAGGCAUUCAAUAGUUCGUACCACGACCCAUCUAUGCCUUCCAUUGAAGAGAUCCUGGGAACGGUUUCAAAGGAAAACAGAAAAAGUACAAUGAUUUUGCAGCAUAUGCAGUCGGAUCAGGUUGGGCAGGUGUUGGAAUUUCUUUUUUCCUCAAAUUCAUCUGUAGAUGUUAAGAUAAUUAGCGAGAAUUAA